GCUCACACUACGCGAUCCGCCGCCCGCGUGUGAGCAGUCGGGGCAAGAGAGUGGGCAAAGCGCACGCACGCACGCACGCAGGCCGCCGCAAUCAUGUCUUCCUUCAAGUUUCCCCUCGUACUCCUGUAUCUGGUAGUCGUUUUCGAGAGGUCAUCCUCCAAGUCCCUUAUUGCAAGAAAGUCUUCUUCCUUUGCCUACUCCUCCUCCCCCUCGAGUGGCACCUUCGAGGAACUGAGGCGGUCGCUAAACGCCAGGCAAAGCGCUCUCUCCUCCGACCUUGAAAUCUUGGAGAAAAUCGAGGAGGAACAUUUGGAAAGAUGCCCCCGACUGAAAGGACUCUUAGAUGGGCUGAGGGAAACGUACGACAAAAUUUCCCCUUUGUAUGAGACCAUUUCCGACGGGUUGGCCAAAUGGAAGGAAAGCAGCUGUACGGAAGUGAAGACAGUCGGACUGAGGAAUUCCUGCAGAGUAGGGAUGUUCAGAUGUAGAGGCAGUGGGUCAUGUAUCCUGAGUGCGUGGGCGUGCGACGGCGAAUUCGACUGUGAUGAUGGUAGUGACGAAGCGAACUGCGGUACGACUCCACAAUACACGACCUCCACAAUGCCUUCGACAACUGAGGAGCCUUGUGAAGACGGCCAUAUCCGGUGCGCCUUGAGCAGAGGUUGCAUCCCCGAUUCCUGGCAAUGUGACGGCGAAGAGGACUGCCCUGACGGAAGUGACGAGGAGACAUGUGCGCAGAGAGACUGCGAAGACGACGAGUUCCGGUGCGGCGUUAGUGGCAUUUGUGUCUCGGCGGACUUUCGUUGCGACGGCGACAGGGACUGCGCUGACGGAAGUGACGAGGAAGGAUGCCAAGUGCAGAACGCAUGCAAGGAAAACGAAUUCCAGUGCCAUGAAGGGGGUACUUGUGUAUCCCAAGACUGGCGAUGCGACGGCGACAGAGACUGCGAGGAUGGUUCCGAUGAGCAAGGAUGCCCGUUGAAAACCUGCAGCGCGACCGAGUUCCAAUGCCAGUCGAGUGGCACCUGCGUUCCUGGGAGCUGGCGCUGCGACGGAGACACAGACUGCAGGGACCGUAGCGACGAGAAAGGAUGUGAUUCGAUACCUUGCCAAGAGUUCGUGUGUUCCUCAGGCGACCAGUGCAUCUCAGAUUUAUAUGUGUGUGACGGUGACAGAGACUGUAAAGAUGGCAGUGACGAGGAAGGAUGUGGCACCCAGCAAUCGUCAACCCAAACAUCAACCCAGACAUCAACCGAGACAUCAACCCAGACAUCAACCCAGACAUCAACCGAGUCAUCAACCCAGUCAUCAACCGAGACAUCAACCCAGACAUCAACUGUAGCUUCGACUUUACCACCUCUGGAGUGUCAGCAAAACGAAUUCAGAUGUUCUUCCGGAAAUCAGUGCAUCCGUCGCUGGUGGAUUUGCGACGGAGAGGAAGACUGUGGUGACGGCAGUGAUGAGGACGGCUGUGAUGUCACGUCCUCGUCAACUGUCAGCUCAACGACGUCAUUCACAACGUCGACUUCCACUCCAGCUCCUCCGUGCGGUUCCGACCAGAUCCGGUGUCGCCUGGGGGGCUGCAUCCUGUCCUUCUGGCGCUGCGACGGCGAGAGGGACUGCUUCGACGGCUCCGACGAGGAAGACUGCAAUUCGCUGCAGUGCAACCAGAACGAGUUCCAGUGCGCCUCCGACAGCAGAUGCAUCCGCGCAACCUGGGUCUGCGACGGCGACAGCGACUGCGCCGACGGUAGCGACGAGGCGGACUGCUCCACGAAGGGGCCCCUGCCGGCGGCCGCGGGACCUUGCACGCCGAAUCCCUGCAGCCACAUUUGCAUCCCGGACUCCUACGUGCCAAAGGGUUACUUGUGCCUGUGUCCGAUCGGUUACAAGAUGCUCCUCGAAGAAGACAAGUGCGUUCCCAGCGAAGAGCAGUUUGAUGAAUACGUGCAUGAUGUGUUGUCGAAGUUCCCAGUUCAGACGCUUGAUUAAUGUGAAAGUUAUACAGGCAUGUACAUAAUCCACAUAUACGUAAACACUCAGACACGAAUAGACACACACACACAGAUAUAUAUAUAUAUAUAUAUAUAUAUA